ACGAGUGACUGUGACAUAUAGUAAUUGUAUAGGCUCCUCAUUUAAGUACAUACUCUCUAUAAACUGUUUUCUCUUCAUUACACAUAUUAUUAUCAUUGCUUCUUUUAUCUUAAACGAAGUUUCUCUUUUUUUGUUUUUGUGUUCUUUUUCAAUUAUACAACUUCUCCAGUUAGCAGACAUGUUUCAAGUUAAAACCUUAUGGAAAAAGAGGUUUCUCUGCAAUUUCAGCCACGGCUCAAGCAUUUUAUUCCUAUAAACACUUGUACAAACUCCAAGAACUAUAACCCUGGCCCUUUUUCAGCAUUCAAAUUCCAAGUUUGUAAAUCUUUCAAGAAUCUGUAUCAAAAAGCAAAAGUGUCAAAAGUUUUUGGCAGUAAAAGAUUUGAAUUUGAUGAGGUUGUAGUAGUGACAAACAACUCAGUUUAUUGUGCUUCUCCUGGUUUUUUUCUUGAUGAUAAAAUGGAGGUUUUGAGUGACAAGAUUGAUGGAAUUGAAUUGAAUGUUGAUGGUUUUGAGGUGAACGAAGAGGAAGGAGGAGAGAGCAGUUUAAGUUCUGAGGGAACUGUGAAUGGUGAACAUAGUAGCUCUGAGGAUUCAUGUUCACCACCUUCAAUUGUUUGGCAUAUUAAGAAGAAUGAGGAGCAGCAUUGUUCCAAUUCUGAUGAGUCUGAAGAAGUAGAGAAACCACAAGUGGAUAAUAGGAAGUUAGCAAAACAAAGGUCUUGUUUAUCAGAAGUUGAGAUGAUGAAGGAAAGAUUUUCAAAGCUGCUGUUGGGUGAAGACAUGUCUGGUUGUGGAAAUGGGGUUUGCACAGCACUUGUAAUUUCAAAUGCUAUAACUAAUCUAUGUGCUACACUUUUUGGGCAAAUUUGGAGAUUAGAACCUUUACCAACAGAGAAGAGGUUAAUGUGGAGAAGAGAAAUGGAAUGGCUUCUAUGUGUUAGUAAUUACAUUGUAGAAUUGACACCCUCUUGGCAAACAUUUCCAGAUGGCACUAAGCUUGAGGUAAUGACUUCUAGGCCGCGGUUGGACCUUUAUGUCAACCUUCCAGCACUCCGAAAACUAGACAAUAUGUUACUUGAGAUUUUAGACAGUUUCAGAAACAAUGAGUUCUGGUAUGUUGACCAGGGGAUCUUAGGGGAAGACGCUGAUGGAUCGUCCUCUUUUCGAAAUCCUCUCCCUCGUCAAGAGGAGAAAUGGUGGCUUCCUGUUCCUAGAGUCCCCAUCGAUGGUCUCAGCGAAAAUGCAAAAAAGCAGUUGCAGCACAAACGCGACUGCACAAACCAAAUCUUGAAAGCUGCAAUGGCUAUUAACAGCAACACCUUAGCUGAAAUGGAGGUUCCUGAAUCAUAUCUUGAAAAUCUUCCUAAGAAUGGAAAAGCUAGCUUAGGUGAUCUUAUUCAUCGAUAUAUCACCUCAGAUCAGUUUUCACCUGAAUGUUUGCUUGACUGCCUUGAUUUAUCUUCUGAGCAUCAAGCAUUGGAAAUAGCAAACCGAGUGGAGGCCUCAAUUUACGUGUGGCGCAGAAGAACUCACCCAAAAUCCUCAAAUAGUAUGCUCCGAUCCAAUUCAAAGUCCUCGUGGGAUAUGGUUAAAGAUUUAGUGAGUGAUGUUGAUAAGAGGGAGCUGCUAUCCGAUAGAGCUGAAAGCCUUUUGCUUUGCUUAAAACAACGGUUUCCUGGUCUUCCUCAGACCACCUUAGACAUGAGCAAGAUCCAAUAUAACAAGGAUGUUGGGAAAUCAAUAUUGGAGAGCUACUCAAGAGUGCUUGAGAGCUUGGCUUUCAAUAUUGUGGCUCGUAUCGAUGACCUUAUUUACGUGGAUGAUUUGACAAAGCACUCAGAUCAUUUUGUUCCAAUCUCUAAAGUAGGCAUCAUUGCUCAUAAAAGUAUUGGAACUCCACUCUCGCGACACGUCUCAGGUAGUCAGAUCAAAGCUCCUUUCACCACACCAAUCUUCUCGCCUUCUCAGCAUAUUAGUCCAGUAAAGGGAGACAGAUCACAGUUUUCUCAGUUUGGUUUUGGUGUGAAAAAGAUGUUGACUGACUAUUGGAAUGUUAGUGAUUCUAAAGGGAAGGACUACAGCAAUGAACUUAAGAGAUCAGAUUCAUAUUCGAGCACAGCUCAAGAAGUUUCAGCGACAGCAUCAGUAGGCUCCUCUGAAUGUUCAAGAGAAAUUGUCAGCCCAUUGACAAAUGACUCACCUGGAGAACAGUAAUAAAUCAACACUAAAAAUUGCUCUUUAGUACUGAUGAUAAAGGAGUUGUGUGAUAUAGGUUGUAUAUGUCUUUGAUGGUAUAAGCUGAUCUUCUCUAUUUCUUGCAACAUUUCUCUGUUGUGCAGUUUUAUCAUUUUCUUACAGGCCUAAUCUGAUGGUAAUGAAGAAAUUUGAAUGUAAAAAGCUAUAUCAUUACCAUGUAUAUUUAUCAGUCAGUGCUACCUAAAUGUAUAUUUGUCCCAGUAAUGCUAUUAAAGAUUACUU